UAUCAACAAGCUAAGUGGCCUUCAUGCUUUACACAUGCUAUGAUUCUCAAAAUAUCCUAUUGGAUUUCCUCAGACGUUUCUGGACAAAAUUCAUUCCUCACAUGUUUCUCAACAAAAAUGCAUAUAUCUCAAACUUCAUCACCAUCAAAUCAAAAAUAAACUAAACCAGCCUCUCCGGCCAUCCCCCAGCGCAGCCACCCCUCAGUUAUAAAUACUGCACGGCAGAUGCUUACCAAUGGCAGCUCUGAGAAGAGAUCCUCAGCUUUGGCACAUCACACAUCACACAUCACACAUAUAUAUGGCUCAUCACUCCAUAGCUCUGGCUACUCAGCCUACUCUUGGCCUCACUAAGUUCAAUCAGAUCCAACAUCCCGAGCUGGUGCAGAUAGAUGCAAGAAAUGUUGAGAAGAUCCCGAGAGAUGGGAUGAUGGAUCUGAUCAAAUCGAUUGCUGCUGCUGGGGCGGGGAAUGAAGAAAAUGGGGGCCCGGGACACCCUUUCUACGUGCUGGACUUGGGGGCUGUUGAAAGGGUGAUGGAUAUAUGGAGACAUUGUCUUCCAGAGGUGAAGCCUUUUUUUGCAGUGAAAUGUAACAGUGAACCUGCUUUUCUUGCUGCCUUAGCCAGGAUGGGUGCCAAUUUCGACUGCGCCAGCCAAGGCGAGAUCCACACUGUCUUGGCUCUCGGCGUUCGCCCCGACCGGAUUAUUUAUGCGAAUCCGUGCAAGGCCGCCGCGCAUAUAAGAUAUGCCGCCACUGUGGGUGUCAACCUUACCACCUUUGACUCCAUGGUGGAGCUUGAGAAAAUAAAGAAAUGGCAUCCCAAAUGCAAGCUGUUGCUGCGGAUCAAGGCGCCCAAUGACGGUAGCGGCUCUCUGCGCCCACUUGGGAAGAAGUUCGGAGCGUUGCCGGAGGAAGUGGAAGCGCUGCUUCGAUAUGCGGCCGUAGCGGGGCUCCACGUGGCGGGAGUGUCGUUCCACGUGGGGUCCAUAGCCCAAGACCCCAGCAUCUACCGCUCCGCAAUCGCGGCCGCAAGGGCGGUGUUCGAUAAGGCUGCUCAGCUGCAAAUGCCCCCCAUGCACGUACUCAACAUCGGCGGCGGAUUCAGGGCGACGCAGCCGCUAUUCCAACAUAUCUCAGACACCAUCAAAGACGCCAUCCGAGAUUACUUCCCCAAAGAAAUGGGGGUGACGGUGAUGGCGGAACCGGGAAGGUACUUCGCGGAGAAGUCGUUCACGCUUGCGGCGCACGUGAUCGGGAUCCGCACCCGUGGGGAGAAGAGGGAGUACUGGAUAGACGAUGGAAUCUACGGGUCGUUUAGGCCAACGUUGUACAACUCAUCGUUCGUGACAAUAAAGCCGGCAUUCCUGAGGUCGGAGGAGCCGUCAGUGAUAUGGCCGUCGGUGAUUUACGGGCCAUCCUGUGAUUCUCUGGACCAAGUGACGGCGGAGAUAAAGUUGCCAGAGUUACAGCUGCAUGAUUUGCUUGUGUUCAGCAACAUGGGAGCGUAUUCAAGUUGCGUAGGGACCAAGUUCAAUGGCUUUGAUAUGAUCUCCAUCCCCACCUAUAUCGCAUACACAUAUUAAUUAAUUAUAAUUAAUACCUGCCUAGCUUAGCAAGCUUAUUAAUUAUUAUUAGCUUCCUACCCUACCCUACCCUGUUCAAUUUUAUUUUAUUUAUAUAUAAUAUAAGUAGGAAUAAUGUAUGCCUGCCUGGAUAUGAUGGGCGCGCGGCGGGUUCAUAUAUGUUUGUUUAAUUUGCAUGUCAUGCUUUUCUUAUUUGUUGAUUUUAUUUAAUAUAAUGUUCAAUUCUACAUGCAUAUUGAACAUUAAGGUUAUGUUUAUUAAGGAAUA